CAACGCUAAAGGAGUUAGUGCAAGAUGGCGAAAAUACAGGGAAAACUGCAAUCAUGUUGUCUUUAUGCUUAAAAGUACAAUGCAGACAGGUUAAAUUGUAUUGGUCAUUUUCACGUCAGUUACUAUUCAAGCACGAAGCGUCUCAGCCAAGAUGGAGGAUGAAGAGACAACCUUGUCUUUGAUCAGGUGCUAUUGCUAUGACAAGUAUUUCAAUCACGCUGUAAACGCUGCAGCAGCUGCUCAGAGGAAGUUCAGCAAUGAUCCCAUCUACAUUUUCUUCCAUGCAUAUGGUACCCUUAUGCAAGAUCAAAUUCAAGAAGCCUCAAUAGAGUUGGACACAAUAAGAGAGAGUCGAGAUGUGUCUCUCUGUACAUUAAUGGCCCUUGUCUAUGCUGAGAAAAAAAAGACAAAUCCAGACAGAGAAGUAAUUCAAGAACUUGAUGCUAAGGUCAAAGAUGAUCGUAAAAGUGCAUCUCCCAAGAGUCUGUACUAUGCUGGGAUGUUUCUCUGGCUAUUAGGGCGCAAUGAUAAAGCAAGGGAGUACACAGAGAGAAUGAUCAAACUCUCCAGUGGCUCUAGAGAGGGGAUAAUCUUAAAAGCCUGGAUAGAUGUGACAUCUGGUAAAGACACCUACGCCAGAAAGGCUGGAAAGUACUUUGAUGAGGGACUUAAAGAGAAAGCAGAUGUUUUCGCCCUGAUGGGAAAGGCACAAUACUAUGAAUAUCGUCAGAACUACUCCGGAGCAUUGGAGAUGGUUAACCAGGUCAUUGUUAGUUUCCCUGCGUUCUCGCCUGCCCUCAUCAAGAAGAUGAAGCUGUUGCUCAGCCUUCAAGACUGGGAGCAAACCACAGACGCAGCACACAGGCUUUUACAGAAGGAUGCAAAUAAUCUGGAGGCACAACGGAUGCUAGCUCUACACUCUUUAUGUAGAGAUGGAGAUAUUACUGAGUCGGUAAAGCUGCUUUCAAACCUCAUCAGCAGCUUGGAGAUUCUGGAACCACACAACCCAGAGCUUCUCUACAGGAUGUCUCUAGCCUUCACCCGUGUUUGUGGCCGAAAUGAGAAAUUGAUUGAGCAAACAUUCAGGAUGGUGGAACGGGCCUUCUCUGUGGCAUCGGGGGACUCCGAUUUAGCCACAGAGUUGGGCUACCAGAUGGUGCUUCAGGGCAAAAUCAAGGAGGCUAUGAAGUGGUACAAGACGGCCAUGACUUUGGAUGAGACGAGUGUUUCUGCUUUGACUGGUAUAAUUCGUUGCCAGCUGAUAGACGGCCACCUUGAAGACGCAGAACAACAGUUGGAAUUUCUGACAGAGAUUCAACAAUCUAUUGGAAAAUCAGGGGAGCUACUCUACCUACGUGCUGUCCUGGCAGGGAAAAAACGCCGCCCCCAGGAAGAGGUUACCAAUCUGUUGAACGAUGCAGUGGACACACACUUCUCCACUCUGCAGGGUCUGCCUCUGGGAGUGGAGUACUUUGAGAAGCUGAACCCCGACUUCCUGUUGGAGAUUGUCAAAGAGUAUCUUGCGCUGUGUCCCCCUAAGCCUCCAAUCCAGGGCCAGCCUCCAGUUCCUCAGCUCCAGCACUGUGCCACAUUGUUGGAUACUGUGGUCAAGAUUGUGCCAGGUCUCCCUCAAGGGGUCUUCCUGCUAGCCAAAGUCAGAUAUCAGUCUGGUGACGUUGACGCUGCUCAGAGCAGUCUAGAACACUGUCUGGACCAGUGUCCUUCUCAUGCAGAUGCUCAUCUGCUAAUGGCACAGAUUCAUCUGCUGCAGGGCAACUUCUCCUUGUGUUCCCAGUCUCUUGAGCUCUGCCUCAGCCAUAACUUUGAGAUUCGCGAACAUCCGUUGUACCACCUGAUCAAGGCUCAGGCUAAGAAGAAAAUGGGUGAGCUGACGGAGGCUAUUCAGACACUGCAGAUGGCCAUGAGUCUCCCAGGUGUUCGCAGAGCUGGAUCCUCGUCCAAGUCCAAGAACAAGAAGAUUGAACUGAGUCCUGCUGACUGUCUCUCCGUCUUCUUGGAGUUAGCUGAGGCCCUGUGGCUCAACGGAGAACAGCAUGAAGCAGCAAAGGUGAUGCAAGAUGCCAUCAACGAGUUCUCGGGAACCCCGGAGGAGCUACGUGUCACUAUUGCCAAUGCGGACCUGGCCCUGCUGCGUGGUGACACCGAGCUGGCACUGACCAUGCUCAGAAACAUUACCCCUGAGCAGCCCUACUACAUCCAAGCCAAGGAGAAAAUGGCAGACAUAUAUCUGAACCACAGAAAAGAGAAACGUCUGUAUGCGAGCUGUUACAGAGAAAUAGUGGAGAAGCUGCCCAGCCCUCACACAUACCUCUUACUAGGUGACGCCUACAUGAACAUUCAGGAACCGGAGAAAGCCAUUGAGGUUUAUGAGCAGGCUCUGUUGAAAAACCCUAAAGCUGGUGCUUUAGCCAGCAAGAUUGGAAAAGCCCUGGUCAAGACUCAUAACUACGUCAAGGCAAUAAAUUACUACGAAGCAGGCCUGAAGACGGAGCAGCAGAACUUGCUGCGCUACGACCUGGCCGAGCUGCUGAUGAAGAUGAAGCAAUACCAGCGCUGUGAGAGGGUCCUGCUUGAAGCUCUGGUCCAUGAGUCAGUGAAUGAACUGCAGGCGCUCUCGGAUAACUGCCGUUAUCUGGUCCUGUUGGCAAAGAUCCAAAACAAAGUUGACAAAAAUGAGGAAGCUCUACUUUCACUACAAAGAGCCCGGGAUGUGCAGGCCAAGGUGCUGAAGCGGGUGCAGUUGGAGCAACCUGACGCCGUCCCCAUGCAGAAGCAGCUUGCUGCCGAGAUCUGCGCUGAGAUCGCUAAACACUACACAAGUCAGAGGGGCUAUGAGAGAGCAGUCAAAUUCUACAAAGAAGCUCUUGUGUAUUGUGAGACCGAUCGCAAGGUGAUGCUGGAGCUGGCACGGCUGUACCUUACUCUGGAUGAUGUUGAUGCGUGCCUGGAGCAAUGCAGCAUCAUUCUGAAGAAUGACCAGUUGAACGAAGAUGCAACUCUGAUGAUGGCUGACAUUAUGUUUAGGAAGCAAGAUUAUGAACAGGCAGUUUUCCGCUUUCAACAACUCCUGGAGCGCAAACCAGACAACUACCCAACACUGUCACGUCUCAUUGAGUUGUUGAGGAGGGCCGGGAAGUUGGAAGAAGUUUCCAGAUUUCUUGAUAUGGCAGAAAAACAUUCUUCCAGGACUAAGUUUGACCCUGGGUUCAAUUACUGCAAAGGACUUUAUCUUUGGUUCACAGGAGAACCUAAUGAAGCUCUGUGGCACUUCAACAAAGCACGGAAAGACAAUGAUUGGGGUCAAAAUGCUGUGUAUAACAUGAUUGAAAUCUACCUAAACCCUGACAAUGACACCAUGGGAGGAGAAGUAUUUGAAAAUUUAGAUGGUGAAGUUGGGAACUCCACAGAGAAGCAGGAGUCGGAGCAGCUUUCUGUGAGAACAGCCGAGAAGCUGCUGAAGGAGUUAAAGCCUCAGACGCCAGGAGGACACAUGCAGCUCCGCAUCCUGGAGAACUACUGCUUUCUGGCCACUAAACAGAAGGCCAAUGUAGAGAAAGCCCUCAAUGUUUUCACAGAGAUUGCAAACAAUGAGAAAGACCACGUGCCGGCACUGUUGGCCAUGGCGACAGCUUAUAUGACUAAGCAGACUCCAAGAGCCAGGAACCAGCUUAAACGCAUAGCUAAGAUGAACUGGAGCAUUGUUGACGCUGAUGAGUUUGAGAAGAGCUGGCUGCUCUUGGCAGACAUCUACAUCCAUUCGGGGAAGUAUGACAUGGCUGCGGACCUCCUAAAGAGAUGUCAUAAUCAUAAUAAGUCAUGCUGUAAAGCUUAUGAAUAUUUGGGCUACAUAAUGGAAAAAGAGCAGGCGUUCCGUGAUGCAGCACUCAACUAUGAACUGGCUUGGAAAUAUGGAAAUCGGACUAACCCAACUAUUGGUUACAAGCUUGCUUUCAACUACCUAAAAGCAAAGAGGCAUGUUGAUGCCAUAGAUGUGUGUCACAAGGUUCUGGCUGCUCAUCCAACUUAUCCAAGAAUGAGAAAGGACAUCCUGGACAAAGCUCGUGCUGCCCUGAGAUCCUAGUGUUAAAACACAUGUGAGAGAGAGAGAGUGAUUAAAAACCACUGUUUCUGUAAUAAUAUGUUUUGACUGAAUCCAUCCAUUCAAGUUAAAAUAAUGUGCAGUUAUUUCUAUAAAUGUAUUUGUGGGAAAACCUGCUAAAACAAAUUGCUAUGUAAAUCUGACACAUGAAUAGUUGGUUGCUGGCAAUUCUGAGAGAAAACACAGUGCAGAGGGGUUUAAGCUGAAACAUUCUCUCUCCUCACAUAUUUUGGAGCAUAAAAACAACAUUCAAGCUUUGUUUUUGAAAAAUGUAUUGUUAGACAACCUAUUUGUAUUGUUUCUUCAGAGCUACAUAUUCAUAUUGUUCGAAAUGUUUCUAACAAUCAAUAUUGAACUGUUUUUAUUCUGUGAUGAAUAUCGUCAGGACGUGUGGAUAUUUGUUUAAAAAUAAAAUUAUUUAGAUACAUGA